CCCGGAUCCCUCUCGACCUUCGUUCGCCCCCCUUCGCCAAAUCCCAGUAUCCGACACCCUUAACGUGAUACCUAGCCAAGAUGUCUAAGAGAGGGUGAGUUGUACUCGAUCUGCCUCGAGACCCGGUCCCGUUUGCGCCUGGGAUAUGUCAUGGUCGAUGUGAAUCGGAUUCAAGAUGUGCAUGCGUCAAGUCGAAGAUCGACGGGAAUACAUCAGGGAGAAGACAAAGAGGGGAGACCGGAGAACACGGGGGAAUUGACAGAGGGACUGGACGGAUGAUUGAAGAGGUGGAAAACUUUUUACGCCGCAACAGAAGAGGUGGAGGCGAGAACUCGAAUCGAUUCAACUCGACAUGACAAUUCCAAGGCUGCAUAUACGACACUCGGGCAAACGCAAGAAAAUUCGCAUGCAAGGCUAACCGUUGAUUUUUCUCGCAACAGUCGUGGUGGAAAUGCCGGCAACAAGCUGAAGAUGACGCUCGGUCUGCCUUGCGGCGCCGUGCUCAACUGCUGCGACAACUCCGGUGCCCGUAACCUUUACAUCAUCUCGGUGAAGGGUAUCGGUGCCCGUCUCAACCGUCUCCCCGCCGCGGGUGUCGGUGACAUGGUCAUGGCUACCGUCAAGAAGGGUAAGCCCGAGCUCCGGAAGAAGGUCAUGCCUGCCGUUGUUGUCCGUCAGAGCAAGCCCUGGAGACGUCCCGACGGUAUCUACCUCUACUUCGAGGACAACGCUGGUGUUAUCGUCAACGCCAAGGGUGAAAUGAAGGGUUCCGCCAUCACUGGCCCCGUUGGAAAGGAGGCUGCUGAGCUCUGGCCUCGUAUCGCUUCCAACUCCGGUGUCGUUAUGUAAACAAGAG